ACCAUGCAAAAUGAAAUGAAAAGGAAAAAUAAAAGUAUGGAUUUUGUAUUGUGCCAGAGCCAGAGUAUGAUGAGGAGAAAGGUUUUGUCCCUGAUCAAGAAGCUGCCCUUGAUCCGCAAAUGCCAGAGCUUCGAGAUGUCACCUGACAUGGGCCAGGAGGACGCCGGCGGCAAGCGCCUCUAUGCGACUAUUGGCCUGGACGCGGCGUGCGUCGGGCGGACGCGCGCGGUUGAUGCCACCAACCAUCCGCGGUGGAAGGAGGAGCCGCUCCACAUCUACUGCGCGCACGACGCCAGCGACGCCGUGUUCGCCGUCGUGAGGGACGGCGGAGGAGCAAGGACCACCGACGACGACGACGCGCUGGUGGGCCACGCGUACCUGCCCGUGGAGGACAUCGUCGGCGGCCAGCAGGUGGACCGGUGGAUUCCCGUCUGCGACGAGAAGAGGAGGCCACUGGAAGGGUUGGACAGGAUACACGUCCAGCUCCGGUUCAAGGACGUGUCUGCCGACCCCGCGGCGAGGUGGGGCAUGGGCAUCGGCGGCGACGUGCCUUACCCUGGAGUGCCGCAUACUUUCUUCGGCCAGCACCGUGGCUGCAGAGUAACGCUGUACCAGGACGCACACGCCGUCGCCCCGGCCUCGGGCAGCAGGUGCUGGGAGGACGUGUUCGACGCCAUCACCAACGCUCGGAGGCUUGUGUACAUCGCCGGCUGGUGCGUGGACACCGACGUGGCGCUGGUGCGUGACCCGAGGAGGCCGUCACUGACACUCGGCCAGCUGCUCAAGAAGAGAGCUCUUUUAUGGUACCCUGGAAUGAAUAUUGGCCGUUCUCCUGAUGAUCCAACGCCUCAAAGAGAUGUAUACUGCUUGGAUCGGGUUAGCAGUACAGCGUGCACUGCUUGUUUAACGUGA